GAGUCAGGGUGUCUGCGGCCUUGUUACCCUCUAAGAAGCAACAGCAGUAAACCCAAAAAUCAGCUCGUCUUGCAGCUGUCUGUAAAUUUAGACUCUCUGAGCUCAGUCGAAGUGGGAACCAGACAACUGGGGACAAACUGGAGUAGACAUGGAGCCCAGAUUCAGUCCCAGGCUUUGCUUUGGGAGCUGUACUAGAUGUGGUGAAGCAGUGUAUGCCGCAGGAGGAGCCUGCAAGGCGAUGGGACAUUUAUUCCACAACACAUGCUUCACCUGCGCCGUUUGCAACAAACAGCUCAAAGGACAGCCAUUUUUCACAGUGUUGGGACAGAUCUACUGUGAGGAUGAUUUUUUGUUCUCUGGAGUUCACCCCCCUGAAGAAGUGUGUAACAGUUGUGGAAGUUCAAUCACAGACUUGGUUCUGCAGGCCCAGAGGAAAUCAUACCAUCCAACCUGUUUUCGCUGUGUGGUCUGCAGACAGGAGCUGGAGGGUCAGCCCUUCGCUGUCGACUCAGACUCCAGGGUUUACUGUGUCAUCGACUAUCACAGGAUCCAGUCUGCCCUUUGUGGUGCCUGCAUGAUGCCCAUACUACCAACAGAAGGAUCUGCAGACUCAAUUCGGGUAGCCUCAUGUAAAAAGUAUUACCAUGUAGAAUGCUACAGUGGUGAGGUUAAUCUUAUUUAAAGCAGACGAGUUUAUUACUGUAAGGUUUCACACAAUGUGCUAUUCAAAUAAAAUCUUUACUUUCUUGA